UUCCUUCUGAUUCUUUGCGCCUGUUUGAGCGGACUGCGCCCACUGGAAGCCCUUUUCUGCGCAUUUUUACCAUCAACUUUAAGCUUUAAGGCACUUUUUUAGUGUGGACAAGUUUGGAUGGGGAGGACUGAGUUUCUAAAAUCCAAUGCAUGGGAAGUUUAAAUGGACUUUAAAUGGUCUGAUGUCAGAUUUAUUGAAGUGAUCCAGGCUUACUGGUUUUACUGAAGACGCGACAGAUACAAAAUAUAUUGUUGGACACCUGUUUCCAUGAUGGAGAUCCAGGAUUAAUUUGAUUUUCUUUUGGUUAUCGCACUAAAAAAAAGCGACUCUCUUCGCCCUGAUCCUCUACUUAUUAAUCUGAUUAGAAAACUGCUUUAAAACCAUACUCUGGGACGAGAGGGGAAUGGGAGUUUAAAUGUAAUCACGAGGAAGAGCCUAAAAUAAAAAAAAGAAGCAUCAAUGGAUUGAUAGAUUGGACUUACAGCUCGAGUGUAAAGUGCCUCAAGAAAGACUGGGAGAUGUGUGAAGGAGCCUGACGGACGGCCAUGGGACUGGAGAGACGGUGGCUUCAGGCUGUCACUGCUGUAGCUAUCUGUCUGAUAAGUGUGUCUCAGGGUUUGGCGUCACUGGUUCGGGCCAGAGUGGGGGGCUCUGCAGAGCUGAGCUGCAGUCUCACACCUACUUCCAAAGAAGCCACCACCCCAAACCUGUUUCCACUUCAUGUUGUGGAAUGGGUGCGUCUUGGUUACAACGUUCCCAUCCUCAUCAAGUUUGGCGUUUACACUCCUCGUGUUCAUCCUAACUAUAAGGGGCGUGUGUCUCUGACUCGGGGCGCCUCUCUGCUGGUGGAACGGCUCACCCUGGAGGACGAGGGCUGGUUCGAAUGUCGCAUCCUUCUCCUGGACAGCAAAACCGAUGACUUUCAGAACGGCACGUGGACCUUCCUCUCAAUCACAGCUCCACCUGUGUUUGUAAAGACACCACCAACGUUUGUGGAGGUUCUGCUCGGGGACUCGCUGACUCUCAGCUGUGGAGCCCAUGGCAACCCGCGACCGACAGUCGUCUGGCACAAAGACGAGAGCCCAAUUGAGAAACAUGAAAAAAUACAAGUGCACAACGGUACCUUGUCUCUGGGCUCGGUUACACAAAACUUUUCAGGGGUGUAUAAAUGUCAUGUGUCGAACUCAGAGGGGAACCUGACCCACUCCACGCAGAUCCAGGUCCAAGGUCCACCAAUCAUCAUCAUUUCCCCCGAGGACACCACCCUCAACAUGUCCCAGGAUGCAGUGCUGCAGUGUCAGGCCGAUGCCUACCCUUCAAACCUUACCUAUGAAUGGUUGAAGCAAGGACAGAAUGUUUACCAUAUUGAGUCCCUAAAGUCCAGAGUGAAGAUUCUGGUGGAUGGAACUCUUCUGAUUCCUAAUCUAAUCCCAGAAGAUGCUGGGAACUACACAUGUAUUCCAACCAACGGAAUACUGACCCCGCCCUCAGCUUCUGCUCAUUUAAAAGUGAAACAUCCAGCUCGUGUUGGACGAAUGUCUCGGGAAACUUACCUGCCUGCAGGAAUGGAGGGGGUCAUUUUCUGCCCUGUUCAGGCCGAUCCUCCGGUUCUGUACGUCAACUGGACCAAAGAUGGGAAUAAUUUGAAUCUUGACAAUUUUCCAGGUUGGAUGGUGAACUCAGAGGGUUCCGUUUUUAUAGCAACAGCCAAUGACAAUGCUGUUGGCAUGUACACCUGUACUCCCUAUAACAGCUAUGGCACUAUGGGCCAAUCAGAGCCCACCAAAGUCAUUUUGCAGGACCCGCCAUCGUUUCGAGUUCUUCCUCUGCCGGAGUAUCUCCAGGAGGUCGGCCGAGAGUUGAUCAUCCCCUGUGAAGCCAGUGGAGACCCUGCUCCAAAUGUCACCUGGAGCAAGAUCGGUCCUACUCCUCGCUCUCCGUACACUGUGUUGUCCAACGGCUCCCUCUUGCUGCAGCCGCUGAGCAAAGAUCAUCAUGGGGGCUGGGAGUGCUUGGCUACUAACCGUGUGGCCACUGUCAGUGCAGGCACUGUGGUCAUUGUGCUGGGCACCAGUCCUCAUGUCGUGACCUCUGUGAAUGUCACCACUGAAAUGCACCAGGCAAACGUGUCCUGGGUCUCAGGCUUUGAUGGUGGAUUUACUCAGAAGUUCACUGUUUGGGUCAAACAGGCAUCCAGGGGGAAACACGAAUGGGCGUCUCUGCCUGUGCCAACAUCCAAACACUACCUGCUUGUCACCGGCCUGCUUGCUGGCACCGGCUACCAGUUUAGUGUCCUACCUCAGAAUAAGCUUGGCUCAGGACCGUUUAGUGAGAUUGUAUCAGUGCGAACUAAAGCGGUGCUGACAGAUCUCCCUAAAGCCGUCACACCACUCCUGGCCCUGGAUCCUCCCACACUCCUGUCAGCUAAUCUGACCGAACAAGGGGUUCUCCUCCAGUGGCUGCCUCCGGAGGCUCCAGUUUCUCCACUGACGGGUUUUGUGCUGCAGACCCGGCUGGAUCAGGGUCAGUGGGUCAUCCAUAGCAGCAACAUCAGUGCCAAUCAAAGUGAACUGCUUGUGCAAGGACUGCUCAGGGACGGCAUGUAUGAUUUGAGGCUGAUGUCUCGCAGCUACAACGUUCUAAGUGAACCGAGCAGGUCUGUGACUGUAUCCACAACAGGAAUGGAGAUUUACCCCCUGGCCCCAAGUUUCUUAGAGGUCAUCCCUGAGCCGCUGUUGGCUGGUGUGAUCGGAGGAGUGUGCUUCCUGUUUCUUGCCAUCGUCCUUUCUUUAGUGACAGCGUGCUACAUGAGUAACAGAAGACAGCUGAGACGCAGGAAGAAAAAACAAGACCUGCCAACUGCUUUUCAGAAGAGUCCAUCUCAGGAAGUUCGCUCACCUCCAUGCAGCCCAGACAGCGUCCUCAAGUUGAAGCUUUGUCCAUCUCUUCCCUUCUUUCCCAACUCCACCUGCUCACAGUUUCAUCGGUCCUCCUUUAAUAAAGGCAGCCGUGGAGAAUACCUUGAUCAGAAGAAGCAACUUUUGUCCAACUCAUCUCCUCCACCUCAUUACACACUAUUUGAAAGCCACCUGGGUUCUCAGGCACCCUCACCAACUGCCCUAGAGUCCAUUUCCAGAGGCCCAGAUGGCCGCUUCAUUGUUCAGCCGCUGCCGCAGAGUUCCAGCCCCUCUACUAAAAUACAUCUGAAGACGGAUAUCCUGCAAAGUAAUGGUAGCGUGAAUGGGUCGGGGAGCAACAGGACAUCAUUCAGAGAUUCUCCAAAGUCGAGCAUCAAAAGCUCAGAAAAAGACGAGAGGAAGGACUCUCCUCUUACUGUGGACCUGCCCGAGCUGACCAGGCCCCCCGCAUCUCCGGGAAGGGUUCGAGCCAUGGCCAGGAACUUCUCCCGCCACGGCUGCUUUUACUCUGAUGAAGAACAAGGGUCCGAGACCCUUCUGGAGAGGGCCAGCUUUUAUUCGGAUAACAGCGAGAAAAAACCCAGCGAUUCCCUGAGAAUGUACUGCAUGUCAGGCCACGCCGAGGACCUGUUCUCCAGUUUAGGAAGGAGAACGAGGCUCCUUGACAGAGACCGGUCGUAUCAUCCAGGUUACCAUCCUGUGCAGAGCCACGUGACCGAUGACAGCACCCUCGUCUCCCAGCUCGACAGUGAGCUGGAGAGGGAUAGUGUUAACAAGUGUGCCCAACUGGCAAAAGAACGGGAGGAAAUCGAGCGGGAGUUAAAGAAUUACGCUGCCGACCAACGACAUCACAGUCGAGCGAGAAAAGAAAACCAUUCCGGUAAAACAAAAAGCCCUCGAACCGAUGCGAAUAAGACGGAGGAAGAACCUGUUUGGAAGCCUCAAGAUGUGACGAUCAGGCAGAAAAGCAGGGCUACAGGUGUGACAAAUAGAGUGUCUGACUACAGGAGAGCAUGCUACUUUGGCAACACCAGCAGCCCCUUGGAUAGACUUCCUACGUCUCGCGUUCACUGGGACAUUAGCCCCGUCACGUCUGUCACCAGCCUCAUUCCUGUUAAGAGCCCUCAUAAGAGCACUUCCCCUGGGCCAUCUAGAGACACUACCCAGGACUCUCUGGCUAUGGAUUCAUCACAAUCCCCUGUCACCCAGAACACCUCCCUCCGUACACUCUCCCCUGAUGUCACCUCUGAAAGCCCUGUCUGUCUAGAAACAUCUGACAGAGCCAAGUCACCAUCUGCUCAGAAAAAGUCUGAUAUAUGUGUGAAGUCCAACUCUGAGCGGAGCUUAAAGGAAAAGCCACAAGGUGCAGGUGUUGUUUCAAAGUCCACACCUGGAUUCCUGGAUUCACCAGGUAGAAGUUUCUCAGCUACCAAUGAGAGGCCUGAAUGUUCAGCUUCUGCACCAUCUAACCAGACUGGAAGAACUUCAGAAGUAGACUCAACCAAAAGGGAUACCAGUCCUUCCAGUUCUUCUAACCUAAACUAUGGACAUCAUGAAGUAGCAGCAAAGGACAAAGAGAGAGGAGCUCCAGACAGGGAGGAUCGUUCCAGUUUAGGCUUUUACUCUGAUUUAGAGAGAGAAGGCGUCCGAACACAAUCCAGACGGAGUGACAAAUGUCUUUUCUCUGAUAGUCCUAGCCCUAUCACAACGUUAACUCUUGUAGAAGAGAUGGAGAGUGACCACUCUCAGUUUUCUGUACCCAGAAUGUCAGACUCUUUCAAGGCCAAGCCUGCUGCCCCAUCCCCCAAAAUUUCCCCAAACCAGACAAGUGCAAUUCUUGAAUACCUGAGCCUUCCAGGUUUUAUUGAAAUGAGUGUGGAUGAGCCUGAGGAGGAGGUUCAAGAGACAGACACGACUGGACAGAGUUCAGAGCUGAAGCCAGACGAAUCGAAAGUGGCUAAACCUGACGUGGUCCCUAAAAACUGGGAGGUUCAUGUUCAGGGACACCCAGAUACCGUCUCGAGCCAAAAACAAACUGAAUCUGGUGCAGAGGGCAGCUUCGAGGCUGGUAAAAAACAAGGGCGUAGACGAUCCUCCCACGGGGAAACCAGAGUGAGAUUCCCCGAUGACGUCAGACCGGCCUCACCGUGUUCGGAAAAAACAAGCAAGCAGCUCUACGACGAGAAGAUGAAGGUUCGAGUUGGGAAUAACAGCACGGGCAGGCCCGAACCCAGACCAGGAUCCAGACCAGCUCACACUUUGUUCAGUGCAGCCAAAGGCAUGGCGGACAUCGUGUCGAAACACACUCAGAGUUUUGUGGACAGGAGUGAGUUUUCAUCGGAGCAGCCCCAAAGACAGGUUUCUCAGGGAAGCAGGACUAAUAACAUUGUGUCUCGAAUAAAUCAAGCCCCUGUGCCAUUUCUAAAGAAAUCCAUAAGCCUGGGUCCCUGUAGGACUCUCUCAGGAGUGGGCCCGCCUCGUCCUUUCCUCAAGAAAUCCAUCAGUUUAGGCUCACAGAGGUGGGAGCACUUUGAGAACCCUCGGGCGUACAUUUCAGAGAAAUGCUACUGGGACGAGUUCCCACACCUGGACGUUAGAGUGAAGUCCUACAGUUUGGGCCGCACACCGUCUUCCCUCCCCAGGCCAGCCCCCUGCUGGAGAGAGUACGUCCCGUUUAGGCGUCCCAGCAUGGGGAGCAUGGAGAGGCCUCAUCACGCACAAAGAUCUUCCUACCUCGCUCCAUCUGUGUACCCGCCAAGGCCAACCUCGACGUCCCCAAUCAUGGAGCCUCAAGAUCCUCGAAUGCAGGCCACUGUUUUCCCAGAGUCUUCCAGGUGGUCUCCCUCUUAUCAAGACCCUCUGAGGUCCACCCAGCAUCAAUAUUUACCCAUGUCCUCCUCCAUCCCUCCCCAUCACUUCCAGCACUGGUCAGAACCCAGAGGGGACAGCCUGAGGUUUGUGGACUGCAGGAGAGGCCCUCCGAGGUCCUACCUGCCCCGAGGCAUCAGCUGGCCCUCUCCCUAUUACCCCCACUUCCCACCCAGAGAGGAAGGAAGCUAUCGACAUCCCGACAGGAUGACGGGGCGGAGCGGCGACUACGAGAUCCGGGACGGGGGCAGGGCCAGCUACGCCAGUCAGAGCAGCGGGAGAGGGAGCGCCGGUCUCUUCCGGCAGUCCCUGUCCGUCACGCCCACACUGCUCAGCUCCCCGGAGACCACCGAGGAACACGAGCGGCACCGAGCCGAGCUGGAGCUGCCCGAGAGCAGGAGAGUGAAAAGAAGAAACACAUCAGUAGAUGAGAGUUAUGAGUGGGACUCUGCUGAUGCCUGUGUGGACUCGGAGGUCCUGGAGGCCACCAGGUUUGAUCCGUCACAAAAAGGCUUUCAGAGAGGGAGGGGGGGAGUUGGAUGUGAGCGAGCUGGUGGUCUCCAGGAUCAACAGCGGACAGUACCCCCUCCAGGCCCAUCUCCCCCAGUCAGCCCACCAGUUUCCAACCCUCCUCGCUGCGAGUACAGCCGCUCGCUAAGUGAAGCACGCUUCAACGCUCUCCGCCUGGAGUACCAAGAGUACAGACGGGCUCGGGCCUCCAUCUGUUCCCGUGAUCCCUGCGCCACCCCCGACCGUGAUUCAGACUCUGACUCCAGCUCAGCUCUGCUCUAGCAGCUGAACUCGGUACACCUAAGACGAAACACAGAUAGCAUUUAUAUCAAACAGAAGGCAGCACUCAGGUUGACGACACUGGAAACGUUUGGAAGUUUUUAUUUCUCUGUUACAGAACUUUAGAGACGUUGCAUCCCAUCGUUACAUGUUUUCAGACGUGUUGUUUUUCUUGUAAUUAUUCUGUUCUUGUUCUUUGCAUAAUGGAGUAUCCAAGAAUUAUUUUACUACCUUUUCCUAAGAAAUGGCUGCCAGUGUGUUUUGGGAUUUUGUUGAACUUCGACAAUCAGAAAUGAAACGCUCAUGGCAGCAAUAAAAGUUUCCCAGUUGAAAACUGAGAAGAUCUGCUUUCUAAAAGCAGCAGUAGUUUUAUUCAUUUGAAGGAUGCUUCUGUUCAAGAGUGACUGUGAGAAUGUCUGCGUCUGCAUCGGUGCUUGAUUCCAAACAAAUGGUGCUCCACACGUUCUCCACGUACUUCUUAUUUACGUUGUUCUAUUGAAUCUGAUUUUUAAAAUUUCCAACAUUUGUACAAAUGGCAGUUUUAUUACCCUACAAGUUUAUUUCAAAGAGUUUAUUAGCUGUGAUUUAACUAUUUCCUGUUUGAUCCGUUAUUUCAGUAUUUGUUCAAAAUAUACAUUUGUUUAUAUAUAGUUUAUUGUAAAUGAAGCCUGCUGAUGUUUUAUAAAUUCCUCUUCGUGAUUUUGUCGAAUAAGAAAAAUCUCCACUUUACUUGACUCAGUCGAACUUUCACAGAUUAAAUGAAUUUUGCCUUAUUUUUUGAUCAUUUCCAAAGCAACAGAACAGAAACUAGUCAAACAAAAGUUUUAUACCAUACCUUUUUCACAUUGUUUGUAUUUCUGUAUAUUUAUUAAGAUGAGUGACGAUAUGCAACAAUGUUUACAUUUCACAUGACUGAUGUGAAGACAACACUGUGAAUAUUUCAUUGACUUCUGAUUCUGUAUUUGAUUUGUAAGUCUGUAAUGAAGUUGGUGCCCAUUAGCCUGCUGUGUGUUUUUAUACUGACGUAUGUCAGAAGCUGUUUUUCUACAUCACAUGACAAAAAGUAACAAAGAAUGUUUUUGUAGCUGUGCUUUGAAAAGAUUCAACCUUUUGUAUCGUUUUUACGUCUGUUUCCUGAACGAAGACCUUCGUGUUUCUCUCAUGAUGGUGUUGGAAGUUUUGUACAAAGUGGAAAAUUUUAAAACUUGCCACAAAGUUUAAUUUUUUACAUUUUUUUCUUUUGUUUUACUUUUGUCAUUUUUAUAUGUUUGUAAUAAAUAAACUUUUAUUAUGAAUGCAUCGAA